CGACUACACUCGAGUACCAGCGAAUCUAGUGGAAAUACAAAGCGCUGUGGUUGGGUGUGCUCGGGCUCCUCCGCAAGUUGUCUUCAAGUCUUUCAUUAUAUCUUUAACUCCUUUAGAUUGCCCUGGAACAGUCUAGGACACAGAAAUAAACACAGAAGACAGUCUAUUGAUAUAUUCAAGAAACAAGAUCACCAACAUCGAGGUCCCGUAGUGCCAGACAACACUCUGAGAACGGGGCAGCUCCUCUGUUGUACUGCACAGGCACGUCAGUAUAUGGCUCACCGCGGCUGAAACCAGACCAUAGCUUCAGCUGGUUGUCGAGCCAAUAAGCUUCUCUUCUGUGAUGGAGAAUGUCACAAAAACGGCGACUGUGGUUAAAGGGAGUUGUAGUAUAUGAGCAAGCACUUUUGGAGUUAGACGAUGAACGAUUUACAAACAGAGCCUGAUGGGUUGUAGUUUUUUCCGCACUCACUGAGAGACCUAGCGAUGACCACCCAUGUAGCGAUCAAGCAUCUCCAGCGUCAGCUGGAGCUCGACGAGACGUUCAGGAGGCAACAAUUUACACGUGACCUCGAGUUAUUCUUUCUCCGUGAGCGCUCUCGGGGCAGAAGCCUGAUCCGAUAUGAGACUGAGGAAUUACAGCAUGCGCAGGCGAUGAUGCAUGGCGCUGCCUGGGUCCUCUUGACUCUUGCGGUGCAACUAGAUGUCAUCUCGGUUAUAGAAGUGAAGAACAGGUGGCCGGGAUCGAAGCUACGAGCACGAUCAGUUAACGAUGGGGACAUACUCCUCAGUCUGGUUAGCAAGAAGUUGAUGCAGUUGCUUGAAGGAUUUGGACAGUGGCAAUUUCAGGCAGACCGAAGUGAAUCUCUCCCUCGCGCUUCAACCUGGAGACGAUGUGUACCGCAUAGUUCGAAUAAGUUGACACAUGCCAGUACCAGCUCGCUCUCCGCAAGGUUAAAGACCCCUACGCAUAUCUUGGCAAGUAUCUUUUCGUCUGCGUGGAUGAGGCGACAAAAGAGGCGUAGUGUGGUAAUCACUGUGGUUCCACCCCAGCAUGGGUACUGCGCUUCGCCAGCUCGCCUUGUUUGA